GGGCCAGAGGAGGGGAAGGGACUGCAGUGCUGAAACGCUUUGGGGAGUCAGGACCCUAAGUAACAGGACCUGGCAUUGGUGGAAAGUCUAGACUGGCAGAGGCUGCCAACCGCUCAGUGAGCACAUUCAUUUAUCUGGGAAGAGAGAAGAGAGAGGAGAGGGAGAGAGUUCACCGCGAAGUGGAUGGAAGGGGAGCCGGGUUUCCGCGGCACAGAGAGUCGCGAGCCGGGACUAUGGCACUGAGACCGGCGCAGAGCAGCUGCGCGCCCGAGGACGCGUCUCCUCCAGGAGGACCAGCGGGCGCCGGGAACGGCUGCGCACAGAGGAACCAACUUGUGGCUCCAGACCGUCCCCAACGCAGCUGGAAAUGAGAUCAAAGCUGCAGUUUCAUUCCAGAAGGAUGAGAGGAGCCAGUGAUUAGAGAUUUUUUUUUUUAACCCUCUUCAUUCCUGUUUCGUUACCCCCCCCCCUUUUUUUUCUUUAAAUAUAUUUUUAAAUAAUUUUUUUUCCUUUUCAAAAUUACCUAACACCACGUCAGCCCCUUCACUUUGUUUUCCCUGCUUGAAAUAAAAGCCUAGCCUGAACUUCCACAACCCUGGGGACUCGAGAUCUACGGCCGGAUGAUGGAGAAGGGGACACCAGUGCUGGCCGGGGCUGCUGGCGAGGGACCGCAUCAAGCGUCUCUCCGGUGAUCCCUGCCCUGAUCGCCGAGUUCAGCUAUACCUGGAGGACCUGUACCCAGUGCUGGGGGUGGGGGAGGGGACACAGUGAAAGCCACCCUGAGCCUUAAAAAAAAAAAAAAAAAAAAAAAAAAAAAAGUAGCUGACCGGGGGCGGAACGGGUUUGUUCUUGACAGCUGACGGAGCCUUGAAAUUUUCCUCCUCUACCUCCGCCCCCUCCCCCGCCCCUGCCCCCCGCACUCCAUUUAACGUGAGAUUAUGAAAUCGCAGAGGCGGUGGAGGGAAGGCGACGGGAUCUAACAGGGAGUUUGGAGGGGCGAGGGGGAAGGUGGCUGGGUGGCUGAAAUCAAAAAUCCAAUUGCGCACUGGGUUGUGAUGAGAAAUCUAAUCAGAUCUUUGACGAAGGGGCCGGCCGGAAGGGUAGCCGGUGGGGGCAGUUGAUCCCUAAAUUCUCCGAAGGGAAAGCUGGGGAAAGGAAUCGAGGAUGUAAAGACAAGACUUUUUUGUUCUUUUUUUCUUUCUUUCUUUUCUUUUCUUUCUUUUUUCCUUUUCUUUUUCUUUUUUUCUUUUUUUAACCCCCGGAGGAGGUGGCUGUUGGGUGCCUUGCUAAAAUGAAGGAUACGGGACGCAGCUCUCUCUUGGAGCAGAACGCAGAGGAUAAGCUGAUGGUGCCAGAGAGAAGAAAGAAUGAAGCUUUUUCUUGUGAGACCUGGAUCGUAACAUAAAUGUGUAUAUGGCCACACGGGGAGCAUUGGGGGGAAAAAUGAAAUAAGCUGAUGUCAGACCUGCGGGGUUUGGUGUGUUCUGACAUAAAUAACCAUAAAAUAGCUGUCCCCCUCCCCCAAGGAUGUUUGGAAAUGAAGAACUGAGGAUCCACAAAGAAAAAGUGUGCUCAUUUUUCUCUAUAAAAGAGAAAGUACGCCAAGGAGAUAUUUUUGGAAUGAAAAGUUUGGGGCUUUUUUUAGAAAAGUAAAGACCCGAUAUAUAUAUUUUUUUUCUUUUGAAAUUUCCCACAAGAGGAGAGGAAAUUAAUAAUACAUCUGCAAAGAAAUCCCACUGAAGAAAAGUUGACCGUGGAAGAACGAAGCAUUGAUUGGGAAAGAAAUCAGCAGAGGACCCUUGGAUCAGUGCCCGUGUUGACUAAAAUUGAAGGAUAAUUGCAGUUGGAUUUUUUUUUUCUUCACCAACCUCCUUUUUUGUGUGUGUGUUUUCUUUCUCGUUUUCUUUUGGUGUCAAGACCAUGCAUUCUUUCUUGUUCUUAACCACCUGGAUUUCCCUCGGGAUGUAGCUGUGCUGAAAUACAAAUGUGAUGUCUUUGUGUUGCCUGUCUUACUGGCCUGCUCUGCUGGUGUGUUCACAGAAAAUGACUACUCACUUUGGAGGUUGGCAAACAAGUUGCCUAUUUACUUCAUAGAGACCCCAAUGGAGAACAAGACUGUUUGACCUCCAGAAGGACCAACACCAGAUAAAUUAUGAAUGUUGAACAAGAUGACCUUACAUCCACAGCAGAUAAUGAUAGGUCCUAGGUUUAACAGGGCCCUAUUUGACCCCCUGCUUGUGGUGCUGUUGGCUCUUCAACUUCUUGUGGUGGCUGGUCUGGUUCGGGCUCAAACCUGCCCUUCGGUGUGCUCUUGUAGCAACCAGUUCAGCAAAGUGAUUUGUGUUCGGAAAAACCUUCGUGAAGUUCCUGAUGGCAUCUCCACCAACACAAGGCUGCUGAACCUCCAUGAGAACCAAAUCCAGAUCAUUAAAGUGAACAGCUUCAAGCAUUUGAGGCACUUGGAAAUCCUCCAGCUGAGCAGGAACCAUAUUCGAACCAUUGAAAUCGGGGCCUUCAAUGGUCUGGCCAACCUCAACACCCUGGAACUCUUUGACAAUCGUCUUACUACCAUACCGAAUGGAGCUUUUGUAUAUUUGUCUAAACUGAAGGAGCUCUGGUUGAGGAACAACCCUAUUGAAAGCAUCCCUUCCUAUGCUUUUAAUAGAAUCCCUUCUUUGCGCCGCCUGGACUUAGGGGAAUUGAAAAGGCUUUCAUACAUCUCAGAAGGUGCCUUUGAAGGUCUGUCCAACUUGAGGUAUUUGAACCUUGCCAUGUGCAACCUCCGGGAAAUCCCUAACCUCACACCGCUCAUCAAACUAGACGAGCUAGAUCUUUCUGGGAACCAUUUAUCUGCAAUCAGGCCUGGCUCUUUUCAGGGGUUGAUGCACCUUCAAAAACUGUGGAUGAUACAGUCUCAGAUUCAAGUGAUUGAACGGAAUGCCUUUGAUAACCUUCAGUCACUAGUGGAGAUAAACUUGGCACACAACAAUCUAACAUUAUUGCCUCAUGACCUCUUCACACCCUUGCAUCAUCUAGAGAGGAUACACCUCCAUCACAACCCGUGGAACUGUAACUGUGACAUCCUGUGGCUCAGCUGGUGGAUAAGAGACAUGGCCCCCUCCAACACAGCUUGUUGUGCCAGGUGUAACACUCCCCCCAACCUGAAAGGGAGGUACAUCGGAGAACUGGAUCAGAAUUAUUUUACAUGCUAUGCUCCCGUAAUUGUGGAGCCCCCUGCAGACCUCAAUGUCACUGAAGGCAUGGCAGCUGAGCUGAAAUGUCGGGCAUCUACUUCCCUGACUUCUGUCUCUUGGAUUACUCCAAAUGGAACAGUCAUGACCCACGGGGCAUACAAAGUGCGGAUAGCUGUGCUCAGCGACGGUACUUUAAAUUUCACAAAUGUAACUGUACAAGACACAGGCAUGUACACAUGUAUGGUGAGUAAUUCUGUUGGCAACACCACUGCUUCUGCCACCUUGAAUGUUACUGCGGCAACCACUACUCCGUUCUCUUACUUUUCAACUGUAACAGUAGAGACUAUGGAACCUUCUCAGGAUGAGGCACGGACCACAGAUAACAAUGUGGGCCCCACUCCAGUGAUCGAUUGGGAGACCACCAAUGUAACCACAUCUCUUACGCCACAGAGCACAAGGUCGACAGAAAAAACAUUCACCAUCCCAGUAACUGACAUCAACAGCGGAAUCCCAGGAAUUGAUGAGGUCAUGAAAACAACCAAAAUCAUUAUUGGGUGUUUUGUGGCCAUCACACUCAUGGCUGCCGUGAUGCUGGUCAUUUUCUACAAGAUGAGGAAACAGCACCAUCGGCAAAACCACCAUGCUCCAACAAGGACUGUUGAAAUCAUUAACGUGGAUGAUGAGAUCACUGGGGACACGCCCAUGGAAAGCCACCUGCCCAUGCCUGCGAUUGAGCAUGAGCACCUAAACCACUAUAACUCUUACAAAUCUCCCUUCAACCACACAACAACAGUAAACACAAUAAAUUCAAUACACAGUUCAGUGCAUGAACCGUUAUUGAUCCGAAUGAACUCUAAAGACAAUGUACAAGAGACUCAGAUAUAAAACAUUUACAGUUACAGAAAACAAACAAUCAAAAAGACAGUUUAUUAAAAAAAAAAUGACACAAAUGACUGGGCUAAAUCUACUGUUUCAAAAAGUGUCUUUACAAAAAAAAACAAAAAGAAAAGAAAUUUAUUUAUUAAAAAUUCUAUUGUGAUCUAAAGCAGACAAAAUUAUGUGUAUUCCUCAGAACCUGUUUUUGCUGCACUUACUAUUUUCCCACACCUCCUCCCUCCCCUCCCCAAUUGCCAUAUUUUUCAUAGAUCUCAACUCCCCAAAGAACUGGUCUAGGAAAUUUUGUAAGAAUUCUGUUACACUUUGAGAUUUUUAUGGUGAAUUCUAGUGGUGAGAUCCAGUCUAUUUUGUCUCUCUCUCUCUCUCUUUUUCAUUUUUUUUUCUUUUUCCUUCAUGCCCUUAUGAAAUAGUCCAAUGGGGAAUGCAAUACUAGAAAUAGAUUUUUAAGAAAGAAUGAGGUAAAAAUGCAAGAUCUUAUAUUUUUCAUGUAAUGACCUGUUCUGUAUUUAUGAGGAGGACAUUCUGUGGAGAAAGAAAAAAAGUAAGCAAACAACAGAUUAAUUUACAUAUGAGCAUCUAUAAAACCCCAUGACUUUUAAAAAGCAAACUCUAGAACCAGAAUUUGUAGUUCAAAAGCUUAAAAUAAGAUUAUAAAUAAAAUAUUGUUGGUUUUUCUGUACCUGGACAUAACUCAUUUGUAAUCUGGUUCAAAUGUGAGAAACGUGAAGGUAAUUAGAUUCCUUGUUUUCUAAGAAAGAUAACACUAAUCUUUUAAUCACAGCAUCAUUUUCUACAGGUCUGUGCUCUUUUAUUUGACUUCAGUUACACAUCAGCAUUCAAAGAUGCUAAGAUAUUCUUGUCUUCUCAAUAGGACUGCCCCUUGUAAAGCUUUCAGAUGAAAAGUUAACAAUUUACAAACCAAAUGUAAUUCAAGGAGGGAGAAAAUACCAGUAUGAUAUAUUUGAUCCCUUCUAAAGAAAACUCCACAGACCAGAUGAAAUAGUGCUACAAAAAAGGAGUCAUUCUUGAUUGCUCACAGUUGAAAAAGAAUUUUGAGUUCUGAGUGUUAGCAAAUUUGGUUCAGUUCACUGAAAAUUAUCACAGAGCUAAAAUGAGCUAAAUGGUCACUUGGCUGAUGUGGAUCCACAAAUAGCAAGGACUAGUUCCUGCCCUUGCAUCGUUUCCAGGGAUUAUGCUCACUGUAUUCCUAAGAACUAGCACUAAGUUUUUGGCUUUUGGGUAAAUGGUAGUGUCCUGGGAGCUCUAAAAAUUGCAAAAUAUAAAAUUAUUAAAGAAGCUUCCUAAAUCAUUGUUUCUCACAUAAAGUGGAGACACUUUUCUCCUUCAGAAUACAGACUCCCACUUAAGGUGGGCAUACCGUUCUCCUUUAGAAUACAGACUCCCAGGAGUGUAAGAAGUCAUCCCAAUGGAGCAUCAUAUGAACAGGAAACAAGGCUGAUGAAAUCAAUGAUAAUUUACCAAAGCUUUCUUUAAAGGAGCUGUGGAAAUUUUAGCUAAGAGGACAGAAAAUAACUUCCAAAAAGAAAGAAAAAGCACUGGUGUGAGUGUUUGCAUUCUCUCAAUAUUUUAAUAUAGUAUGGGUAUGACCUUUAUCUUUAUGUCUGUGGAACAAUAUAUGGACACACACACACACACACACACACACUCACUCACACACACAUGGCUUUCUCACUGGCUGUGAAAUUUGUAUUCUCCAUCAAACUGAGAAGGCAACCAACGAGUGACUGAACUGAGGAAAUGGAUGAGAACUUCCAUUACUUCUAGAGUCUAGACCUCAUGCCAGUUUUUGUGGUCUCCAGGUGUGAAAAGCCAAUUAUUUCUAGCAGUAUAUGUUAGUAAAAUGGAAGGAAGAGUUAACAAAUGGAUGCAAGGACAGAAAAGUUCUUCGGUUACACACCCUUCAGGUUUUUUUUCUUCUAUAUCCCCUUCUUCCCUUUUUCAAAAACUUAAUUUACAUUUGCAGUUGUGGUUCAGUAGACAGGGGCAAAGGAAAAGCAUGUAUUUACUGUCAUUUAUUGUGUAUUGAGUACAUUUAAUGCUUCAUAUACAUGGCAUAGCAGUGGGAGCAUAUACAUCCAAACAGACAUACACUCAUACACAUACACAUUUUGAAUAUAAAACUAGUUCUAGUCCAAAGAAGGGGACACUAAUGAGUGAAAAAGUGGUCUUGUCUUCUUUACUUAACGCUAUUCUUGGUUUGUGUUUACAAACUUCAGCCUCUUGACUCUUUCAUAUUAAGCUUAGUAUUAUUAUAAGGUUAGACCUAAAAUGGUCCUAAUCAUUGUCUACUUGGCAUGGCUAAACAGUUAGACAAAUUGUACUAAAUACAACAAAAUAAAACAAACUACAAACAGACAAACCAAAAUCAUCGAGGACAAAAUACAAACUAUGAGAUACAUGCAACCGGAAUAUUAUAGUAGCUCAAAAAACACAUUUCAGAAAUAAAAAACAUUUAUGCAAGGUAUAAAUUAAUCAAAUUGAGUUAUAUAUCAAAAUCAAAUGUUGCACAAACAGUUCUUACUGCAGCUAUAAGGAUUAAGAGUGGAGUGCUAUAAAGUAUAGAUAUAUUUUAAAGGAAGCUGAAGUUGAGUCAAAAUCUCUUCUGUUUAAUGUUUCAUACAUUUUUCUCAUAGGUUUACUAAAGACUUAGUGUACUAGAGAAAUAUCCUGAUUUUCUUGAUGAGACAAAUCCUACAUGAUCACUUACAUAUACUUGCAUCCAAACAAGUUCCCUGUAUAUCCAUCUUUCCAUCCUACAUAAAGGCAACUAAAUGAAUGGGUGACUCAGAACAACAACAAAAAAGAAAACCACCAAAAGUAUA